GACCACCUCUACUACCAAAUUUACUACGCAGCUAGAGUCGUCCUCAUCCAUUUUGUCCCAUGUAGUCUCUUAAUCAUACUAAACGCGCUUCUGAUAAACACGAUGAGACAAGCUAAGAAGCGACGGCUACAGCUGCUAAAAAUGAAUCGCCGAUCUGAAUGUCGCCGGCUAGCCGAAAGCACCCUAACGACUUUCAUGCUUGUGGUUGUGGUGGGCGUUUUUUUGAUAGUCGAAGUGCCAAUGGCGGUGGUUUUUACGAUGAUGAUGUUUGACAAUUCGCUAAAGCUAGAGCUGUUCAGCCCCAACCUCAGCGAGCACUUGACGGGCAUAGCUAACCUCUUCAUUUUAGUCAGCUACCCAUCCAACUUCUUCAUCUACUGUGUAAUGAGUACUAGAUUCAGGGACACAUUUAAACAGCUUAUUUGUUGCAGCAGAAGUAGAAGCAGCUCCCACAACAGCUGCUGUAGUAGUAGU